GGCAAAAUUGCUUUCGUAUCUCAUAUGCAUAUUCUGCUGCGUCUCUCUCUGGGAAUGAUAAAACUGAAACCCUGAGAUCCAAAACUUUCAAUUUCCAUCAUCAUCUAGCUUCUACAACUAUAAGAUGCAUCUGAUUAAUGCGGUGAUGGCCACCAGGAUGGUGACGAUGCUUGGCCACUCCAACGGAGUCGGAGAAGGGAUUCAUUUUGGAUCCAUUUGGUGGUUCAUUUACGCUGGCAUCUCCUGCAUACUCGUCCUCUUCGCCGGUAUCAUGUCCGGUCUUACUCUUGGUCUCAUGUCUCUCGGCCUCGUCGAGCUUGAAAUUCUCCAACGCAGUGGCACCUCCUCCGAGAAGAAACAAGCAGCUACUAUUCUUCCCGUGGUUCAAAAGCAGCACCAACUUCUAGUGACUUUGCUUCUAUGUAAUGCUGCUGCCAUGGAGGCACUUCCCUUAUACCUGGAUAAACUUUUCAAUCAGUAUGUUGCUAUAAUACUUUCGGUGACGUUUGUUCUGUUCUUUGGGGAGGUUAUUCCACAAGCAAUAUGCUCCAGAUAUGGACUAGCAGUAGGUGCUAACCUUGUCUGGCUUGUGCGAAUUUUGAUGAUAAUUUGCUAUCCAAUAGCGUACCCAAUCGGGAAGAUUCUGGACUGGGUUCUGGGACAUAAUGAAGCAUUAUUUAGGCGAGCUCAGUUAAAAGCUCUUGUUUCCAUCCAUAGCCAGGAGGCUGGCAAGGGAGGUGAACUCACGCAUGAUGAGACAACAAUUAUUAGUGGAGCACUAGAUUUAACUGAAAAGACUGCUGAAGAGGCUAUGACACCUAUUGAAUCAACUUUCUCAUUAGAUGUCAACUCCAAACUGGAUUGGGAGGCAAUGGGAAAAGUUCUUGCUCGAGGGCACAGCCGAGUUCCUGUGUAUUCCGGGAAUCCAAAAAAUAUUAUAGGACUUCUUCUGGUGAAAAGCCUUCUCACUGUACGACCUGAGACAGAGACCCUAGUCAGUGCUGUUUCAAUUCGAAGAAUUCCACGGGUUCCAUCUGAUAUGCCUCUGUAUGAUAUACUGAAUGAGUUUCAAAAGGGCAGCAGUCAUAUGGCAGCCGUUGUGAAUAAAACAAAAGCCAAGGUUCCUUUAGCAGCAGGAGACAAACUUGAAGAAAACAGAGCAACUUGUGGGGAUUCCAAGUUGACAACUCCUUUGCUAGAUAAACAAUCAGAUAGUGUUGUCGUUGAUAUCAAUAACUUUUCAAGGCCAUCCAAUGUAAAUAAGCAAAUCACUUCACAGAGUAAUGAUGCAGCAACCAAUGGUUUGCCCCAACCAUCAGAGGAGACUGAAGAUGGUGAAGUUAUUGGUAUCAUCACACUGGAAGAUGUAUUUGAAGAACUUCUGCAGGAGGAAAUUGUGGACGAAACAGAUGAAUAUGUAGAUGUACAUAAGAGAAUCCGUGUUGCUGCAGCUGCAGCUGCUUCAUCAGUGGCGCGGCUUCCAUCAUCUCGGAGGCUGACAGUUACCAAAGGAGCUGGAGGUCAAAGCAAGCUAGGGCAAACCCCCAGGAAAUCUGACAAUGAUGUAAGUACCCCAAGGUUGCUGGGGACUGCUGGUGAGCCUUUUCCUGUAAACAAGAGAUAAGAAAGGAUAUACAUUUGUGUGCUUAUUGCAACAGUUUUGAGAAGAGAGGUAGUUUUUGUCCAUACUACAAUAAAUAUGGAAUAAAUGCUUGUAACAUAUGGAAAUUGAGUGUACUGAGUAGACUAUCUACUCCUUUCAGCUACAUACUCUUCUGUUGCGGUUGUUUUUGACGUGUAAUGUUUCUUGAGAACAAACUGUGCAGUUAAAUUUGAUUUAAGGGGUUAAACCAUUCCAUAGUUUACAA